AUGUACGUCGCCUGCGCAAGCUAUUGGUGUGCGCCUGCUGGUAUGAAUACACGUCCCACACCACACCACACUUGGAGUCGCCGUUCCGAGUAUAAUCCUAUCCGUCAAUCCCACAGGAUACGUGUUCCCGUUAUUACAUAUGGCAGAGAUGGUGAGGUGUUAUCCUCCGUUCGUCCCACCACCAAGACUACCUCCCCCGUGGUGGUAGAACGGGUCCUUGGUUCCAUUGUCGAAGAGGUGACUGAGGCGUUAACGUUGGAACUGAAAACGUCCUUCGCUGAGCAUUGGCGUGGAGUUGGGAGGUAUUGGAAUUUGGCAUGGACACUGGAGUCCGAGGUAUCUCCGAGACCAUUUACGUCAAUACGAAGUUGUAACUUCUCUCUUCCACAACGGUUGCCUACUGCGGACUUCGAUGCACAGUUGACCGCACAGCGCAAUGUGCUCGUUGUAGUGAGCCAUCCCACAUCGAGGACAUUCACGGCAUUAGGUGGGGAAGUAGCGGCGAACGAUAAGCAGCCGCUAGUUGUGUCGUUUUUGGCAAAUGAUGUUCCAGGUGAUAGUGAUGGAGGUCGAGGAGCCAACGGCGGCAUCGGUGAGCUUGGGUCCGUGCCGCGUGAUACUCUAGAAGGGGACGUCUGGUGUCUUAGCUCGGGUGGUGGACUAAACGGCGGUGGUAUGUGUGUGUUGGGAAUUCUGAUUGGUGAAGAUGGGCGUGGGUUUUGGGCGAAGCGAGUGUGGGCGACGACACAAAGCAUUCAUCCUUGCUCCUUAAUCAUCGGUCCAGGUACAUUCCAGAUCAAAAAUGCUCCCUCUCUUGAGACUUGGCUUUCCUCGACAUCUGCAAUCUCGGGUGAGGUGAAAGUAAUGAGUUGGAGAAUAUCAUGGCCAAUGCAUAGGAUGAUUGACGGGGAGCUAUAUACAUAG